AUGGUCUUCGGUAUCGCGCUCUUGGGCGCGGGAACCUAUCCCAAACAGACAUAUCUGGCACCACUUCACUCUGUAGACGCAAAGCUUGUUGCCGUAUACUCUCGGUCCCGUCGAAGCGCUGCAGAUACGGCUGAAGAGGCCAAGAAGCUCAGUGGUUUCGUCUCCUCGAAUUUUGACCUCUAUCAUGAUGAGGAAUCAGGUCCUGGAUUGGACGAUCUGCUCAAGCGUGAUGAUGUCCACGCAGUUGUCAUAUCGCUGCCGACUCUCGUGCAGCCUGGAUUGGCUCUAAAGGCUCUUGCCGCUGGAAAGCAUGUUGUUAUGGAGAAACCUAUUGCAAAAGACGUACAAGCAUCUCAAGCCCUCAUAGCGGAGCACGACGCCAAGUACAAGUCAAAGGGUCUCAUUCUAUCGAUCAUGGAGCAGUACAGGUUCGAUGAAGGCCACGACAACGCGAGACAGAUCGUCACCGACGGCACCAUUGGCGAUCUCACUGCAGUACAUGCACGCGUCUGGAACAAAGUGUCGCCAGGAAACAAGUACUACGAAACCGAGUGGAGAAAAAAGCCGGAGUACCAAGGAGGUUUCCUCCUCGAUGGCGGUGUCCAUUUCGUCUCAUUGAUUCGACACAUUGCAGCUGACGAGAUCGUGGAGACGGUGUCAUUUGCAAAGCAGACUCUGGACCACUUACCGCCCCUCGAUACCGUACAGGCAGCAUUGAAGCUCAAAUCCGGAGCCUUGGGCACAUUGAGCAUCUCGUUUGCUUCUGCGAAGAGAGAUUUCAGCUACGUCUUCAUCGGGUCCAAAGGCAGCUUAGUCUUGACGCGUGAUCCGAACGGCACCAAGCUCAUAGUAGAGGACGAUGCAGGCAACGCCGUCAGCGAGGAGAUCGUGAGCAACAGCAGCACGUACAAGAACCUGUUCGCGGCAUUCCUGGACGACAUCCAGGCUGGGAAAUCGGACGAAAGAGGCUCGCCACAGCAGGCACUCGCUGAUGUUGCUGUUGUUGAGAGUAUCUGCAGUGGAGGUGGGAGUGUCAAGUACUAUCCCGGCAUUUGA